AUGUUUCAGACAUUUAAAGAAUGGUUUUGGUUGGAAAGAUUCUGGCUUCCUCCAACAAUAAAAUGGUCAGAUCUUGAAGAUCACGAUGGACUCAUCUUUGUGAAGCCCUCUCAUUUAUAUAUGACUAUUCCAUAUGCUUUUGUCUUGAUAAUUAUCAGACAUUUUUUUCAAAAGUUUAUUGCUUCACCUCUAGCAAAAACAUUUGGCAUUAAAGAGGAAGUUCAAAAGAAGAUUACACCAAAUACUGUCUUAGAGAAUUUUUUCAAACAUUCCACAAGGAAACCAUCUCAAACUGAUAUUUAUGGACUGGCAAAGAAGUGUAACUUGACAGAGCGCCAGGUUGAAAGAUGGUUUAGGAGUCGGCAGAAUCAAGAUAGGCCUUGCAGGAUGAAGAAAUUCCAGGAAGCUUGCUGGCGAUUUACAUUUUACCUAAUUAUUACCAUUGCUGGAAUUGCAUUUCUUUAUGACAAACCUUGGGUAUAUGACCUGUGGGAAGUUUGGAAUGGCUAUCCCAGACAGCCCUUGCUGCCAUCCCAGUACUGGUACUACAUUUUGGAGAUGAGUUUUUAUUGGUCUCUCUUAUUUAGCCUUGGCUCUGAUGUCAAGAGGAAGGAUUUUCUAGCGCAUGUCAUCCACCACCUGGCUGCUGUCAGUUUGAUGAGCUUCUCUUGGUGUGCUAAUUAUAUUCGCAGUGGGACCCUCGUGAUGAUUGUCCAUGAUGUGGCCGACAUUUGGCUAGAGUCUGCUAAGAUGUUUUCUUAUGCCGGAUGGAAGCAAACCUGUAACACCCUGUUUUUCAUCUUCUCCACCGUGUUUUUGAUCAGUCGCCUCAUUAUUUUUCCCUUCUGGAUUUUAUAUUGCACGCUGAUUCUGCCUCUGCACUACCUUCAACCUUUCUUUUCAUACAUCUUCCUCAACCUACAGCUCAUGGUCCUGCAAGUUCUUAAUCUUUAUUGGAGUUACUUCAUCCUGAAGAUGCUCAAAAGAAGUAUAUUCACGAAGAGCAUCCGGGAUGUGAGGAGUGAUAGUGAGGGUGAGUAUGAAGAGGAAGAAGAUGAGGAAGAGGAGGAAGAGGAGAAGGAAGAAGCCACGGGAGGCAAAGAGACAGACCAUUUGAAGAACAGCCUUGGGGCCGACAGGCAUCUCAUCCCCAAUGGUCAGCAUGGCUGUUAG